AGCGCAUCGUAACGUCCUCAGAGCUCCAGAGCAUCUGGGCAGAUAUUCACAUCUACAAUCACACUCCGCCUAUUUUCCUGCGAUUGAAAUCUACGAGCUAUAUAUUACCCCAGCCUUAAGUUCCUUGUUAUCCCGUGUCGCGGCGCGAUAUUAUCGCUUUCCCAAUUUUCUCAAGCUACCUUCCUCCGACGUCCCUCCACAGUCCGUCACGAUGAAGCCUGUCGUCUCUGCGCUGAAUGCCUGGAGCUGCGUUGUGAUCUCGCUCUUUGCGAUCGUCAUCCUCUCCGUCCUGGGUUCUCUAUACGGGAAAAACCACCACUCCUUCACCGGCUCAGAGAAUGACCCCGAGGACGGCCCGGCGGUUGCUGCGUCCAUUUUCACAGCCGUGAUUGUCUAUGCGGCGUUCUUCGUUUUUUGUGGUUUCCAAGCAUACCUCCACCUGCGGAGCAGUCGGAGAGGAGCCAUAUCACUCCAAUAAAGAAUUGCUACUAUACUAUACUGUUGGGAAUGGAUAGCGUAUGGCAUUGAAGUGGGAUACGAGUUCGUUCCGUGUUGUUACGGGGAAGAUGGUAUCGGAUCUAUCCCCAUUCAAAGUGUCAUGGACAAGCGUGGACUCGAUAUCACACGGCUUCUGCAAGUUAUGGGUUACACGCUUUCUAUUUAUUGUUAAAUCAUUGGCUGGUUAUUGUUAUGGUACAUACCAGGCGUCUAUGCGAUCUGUUUGCUCAUGGUGUUUUUCCUUUUCCUUUUUCCCUCCUCGCUCUUUCCUUCCGGUGAUAUCUUAGGUCUCGCUGCCUUGCUGUUCGUACAUCGAGUGAUCAGAAACUAGACAAAACGAAAGAUGAAUGUUCGAACCCACCACUUCUCGCAAUCAAUUAUCGCUCUUACAUGUAUAACACACUGGGGCCCCUCCGCAUGUCGGGAGAGGAGAUGCCCC